GUUCCAUGUAACUUGGUGAUGAUUAAGGAAAGAUUAAAACUCCGUUUUCGACUUUUUCGUGUAUGUUUGUGCGUCGUGUGUAUAUUUUCGAAACGGAAUCACGAAAAUUGUUGGGAUAAUUUCGCAAAUGUUAAAAAGAAUCCAAUCAAAUGUUGAAGUGGACUGUUACACGAAAACUGCAAUCGGAUGAAGCUCCACGCGUCUAUCCUCAUCAUCAGCUAACCGAACCCACGAAAACCAAACGGAAAAAAUUAAGCAGUUCGCGAACGCGCAAAUCGGAUAGUCCGAACAAAGAAAAUGGCUUCACCUCCUCGACACCGAUUAAAUCGGAUAAUCACUCCUGCGAUCCGCUGAGAGACGUUAGUAAUUUCUCACCUCCUGAUAAAAAUCGGAGACGCUCGAAUAAAAGGUAUAACGAUCGAAAUUUCGCGCACGGUGAGAAGAAGAAGAAAAAAAGGUGCGUAGACAACCACGAUGAGGUCUUCUUCAAACCGUUCGAUUUGGUCGAUUCGCACAUUGAAGGUUUUUGCCCCGACGCCGCGUACUACGCACCGACCCUACCCACUUUCGGAGCCGAAGAUUCGCCGUGUCUUCUGCGUAACGUUCCACCGACUCACCUAAGCACAUCAAUAACUAGUCUGGAUAGUAACUUGCUACCCGUUAAAAAGGUGAAAACGUCCGAAGAAGACAAAGUGAACGUGUCACCUCUAGUCAAACGAUUGAUCGAUUUAAGGUUUUGCAAUGGAGAAAGUCAGAAUAACUCGUCGUUCAUCAACGAUUUGUCCAUCGAUCAACUUGUCGAUGCCAUUUUGGAUACAACGGACAAGGAGGAAGGCGGAGAGAAUAGCGAUCGGUUGCAAGAGGAGGAGAAUGAUCUCAACGCCACGCACGAGGAAAAUAUGCUCAACGCCGAGCAAGAAGGGCGAGCUUCUACGUCGAACGAUUCGGGUUUUAAUAGCAACACCACAAAACACCACGAAAUUGAGGCCGAUUUUAAGUGUAAGUGCAACGAGCAAGAACCAGCGAGUUAUACUUAUCAAGGCACAGACUGUGAUAGAACGAUUAUUAAUCUCGGGGAGACUUUUAACGAGAGGUGCGUCGAUCAGCAAGUGGACUUUACAUUGAAACGUCAAAAGUGUAUAAGAAGACGAAGGCCUAGUAAUAAAGAAGAAGCUGAAGUCGUUACUUCUAGUUCGGGAGCACUGGAGCAAACGUUCUCCUUGGGAAAAAAUUGGAGAAGGCUACGGCGCCGAACCAGGAGGUGCUUGUCUUUCGAAAAUUCAACUCCAGACGAGAGCGUGUCCGCGUAUACGCACAAUGAGGAUGUCAAAGGCACAAUUGAUCUGGCCCUUUCGUACGAGAGGAACCAGCUCACGGUUAAAGUUAUACGAUGCCAGGAUUUGUACCGGCAAGGGGUGGAAGGACCAAUAAACGCCUACGUCAAAGUAAUCAUGGCUGAUAGAACUGGUGACUUGCAGAAGAGACGUCACGGUUUCAUACAGCGAACCGUGGUCCACCAGAACUCCUCCAGACCUUCAUUUAACCACUCCUUUAGAAUACCGAUUUGCAAAAACAACAUUAAUAAACGAUUGCAAAUCGAAGUUUGGCACCGAGACCGCAGUUGUAGGCGCAGCGACUUUUUGGGAUGUUCGUCGUUCACAAUCAAGAAUGUUAUUAAAAAGGAGAUUAGCGGUUCAUUUCACCUACUACCGCUCACAACGGGUCGAACUCAGAAUGUUCCCGUUCCAAAAGAAAAUAUCAAAUUAGCCCAAUCUUUCGCGUCGACCAAUAACGAAUCGUACGAAAUAAUAAUGAGCGAAACGACGAACGACGAAAUCAUGAGCAUCGACGAUAUUGACGGCGGCUGCGAUAAUAUACGGAAAACAAAUUCGGCUUUAAUGAACCAGCAUCAGAAGGAUGCGGACGAAAAUUUAUUUUUGCGAUAUUUAGAGUUAGAUCCGACGGAAGGUCCCGACGCCAUACCGGCGGCGCUGCAGCGAAAGGCCACCGGAAAUAAAAACGGUCGUACGCCGUUUACUACGACAAAAAAAUUAAUUAAGGUUCCCAAAUCGGGUUUCGGUUUUUCCGUUGUUUGGACGCAUCCUCCGCGCAUUGAAAGGGUUGAAAAAGGGUUGCCCGCAGAUAAAGCCGGAAUUCUACCUGGGGAUUAUAUUAUCUUCGUCGAUAAGCACAACGUCGUUACCAUGCCAGAAAUCGACAUCUUGAAUUUAAUUAGGUCUUACGGCAACCAGGUUACUCUGGAGAUGUUUAGGCGGAACGUAUCCAGAAACGGUUCGAUGGUUAGCGUACGGCCCGCUCCCGUACCUUGCGCCCUUCCGAUCGUCCAAAACCAACAUCGUCCCUCUACGGCCGAAUCGGUUAACACGGCCUCGGCGGCGGAGUGCAGCAAAAAAAGGCUAAAUCUACCGCAAGUCACCUUUAAUGCGGAGAAACCACUACUGAACACAGAAGAAGCACGUAGAAAAGCGAUGUACCAAGUUCUAGCAAAAGAGCAACAGUACACCGCCUCCCUACAGUUUGCAAUUACCAGAUUCGUCUCCGCUCUCGCUGAACGAAAAGACCUAAUAUCGCCGUUAGACCACCGACUCCUUUUUCAAAAUUCGGAAGAGGUGCAUCGUAUCAGUGAGGAAAUACUAGAGUGUCUAGUGCCGGAAGAUGGCGAACCCCAGAUACACCUUUUACUAAAAGUCUACCAUUCGAAGCUAUCGGAUAUUAUAACGUCAUACAAACGCUACUGUUCCGGUAUUAAAAAGGCGGAUUGCAUUUUAGUAAACAAAACUCGAAAUUCCAAUUCGGACUUCGUACGAUUUUUACAAACGCCUGCGGUACCGCGAAGAAGACCCGACAUUACUUCCUUUAUACAUAAACCCCUAGAACAUUAUCGCGAGAUUUUAAAGUUGUUCAACGUCAUUUUAAGUCAGACCAAAGCGAACCAUGACGAGUAUGCUCUCAUUAGUAAAAUUGUUCAGGAUUUGCAGAUAGCCUAUAGGGAGAUGACGGCCGAGGCGGGACUGAUGGAGCCGGUUGGGGAAGGUAGACCUCUACUAUCCGUUCAAGAUUUAGAAAAUCGCCUUGUGUUCACCAAGUGCAAACCUUUCGUUUUAAGUAAACCGGGUAGGCAAUGGAUUUUUGGCGGUGAUCUGGGUAGAGUAGAAGGAAGGAGCGUCAGACAGUAUUGGACGUUGCUAUUUAGCGAUUUAAUUUUGUUCGCCAAAGUGUCGAGGGAUAGGGUUUUGUUUAUAAUUGAAGAUCCGCUUCCAUUGGUGCAUAUAACUGAUUUACUCUUUAACGUUAGGAAAAAAGCGAACGAAUUUAGGUUAAUAGUACACCCGGGUGGAACUGCGGCGAAAAGUCCGACGAUACAUUGCGGCCCGGAUUUAACACGAACGCCGCGGAAAAGUUCGAAUAAAAGGUGUAUCGUACUAAGGGCCCCCACAACUGAACUGAAGGCUGUUUGGCAAAAUUUGUUACAACGACAGAUCUGCCACGUUAACGCGGGCAUGGAAGGCAGUUCAUUUAGCAGCCCAUUAGAGUCUCCGGACGUUCCGGUGACCUCAUCCGUUGGCACCCUUCAAUCGACAGAAUCGCUGUCGAUCCGUCGCCAGACUCCCCAAUGCCUAAACGUAGAAAGCUGUGGCAAGCAAAAGCAGUUAGACGAAAUAAUAGAGCAUAAAUGUAAGCAGUUGGGAAAGUGUAGCAGUAGUACCAAAGGAAGCGCCAUACACUUAGAGCAGUGGAUGAAAGGUCAGUUGGGCAGAGACCAAACGCUCACACCCGAAGAGGAGUCUGAUUGCGAAAUAUGGAGCGUGGACAUGUUGCGGAGGCGAACGGAGGAGCUCAUGAUAAGUGACAACCGAAAUUCGCCUAGGCAUUGCGAAAGCAGGUGCGAGGAGCUUAUUUUGUCAGAUCACAGUCCGUCCAAGAGCACAAGCCCCGAAAGCCAGGUAACCGUUCGUUCAAGCCCGAAUGCCAAAGAAACCGUGAGAGUAUGCCAACAAUGCCACAACACCUGCCGGACUAACCCUAACGCUCACAAUUCCAAUAACAACAUUAACCAUAGUAAGUGCACCGAAUAUAACAAAAAUGCAAUAAACCUCAAUACAACGAACCUAUACGAAGAUAACAUUAUCUGUGAUGAAUUUGGACGUUUAAUGCUAAUGGGAUUUAGUGCAGUUAAUCCGGCCGCUAGUUUGGUAAAGCUUGAUCCCUUUUCGCCUCUACCCAAAAUAUCAGUAGUCCCUCCAACGCCCGAUACUCGUUCCGAAUUUAGAUAUAGUGAGUCUGUAUGUAGUAGAAUAUCGACGAGUCAGCUAAACAAUAACGAAUGUUCUCCCGACGAUUCCCCCCAAGACGAAGAGCAGCCCUAUCACUCGCUCAGCAGCUCUAACCCGACGCUUCGAAGGUUCGGUACCGUCUCGAGUCUGGAGCGCGUUGGUUCCGAGGAAACCGACGAAAACGACGAAGCCGAGACUUCAGAAAGUGAGGACGACGAAAGCAUGGGCAUCGACAAUAGGGGAUUUAAUCCGCCGACAAUUAGAGGGUGGACAGCACGUGCUGGUGCGUUCAUGUCUGAGAAAAUGGCGUUUUUUGAGAGAUUGGGCGAGGACUAUCGUGCUGGAACCGGGUUUUUUGAACGUUACCUAAAAUCGGGAGACAGUAAGGAAGAGAAUGGCGAAGAAGACGAAUGCGAAAACUCGGGUGCAACGUCCGGUGAGGAGAUUUGGGGAACGCCAACAAGUGGAGAUAUGGACGAUCCCUUGAGCUCAAAUUACGACACAAAGCGUUCGCCUAAUGGCGGAUCAUUAUCUUCGGACAACGGCGACGAUACCGAAUUGAUGAUGGAUGAGUUACUAAUGACUCCUCCAAUUGCAAGUGCCAAUUUACGUGGACUACUUCCGCGAAGAACCUUAGAACCGUUAAUGGAAGAAGAUUCCGAUACGUGUACGUCCUCUUCCUCGUCGCCAGACGGUUACACCCCUUCACCGCAACAGGGCAACGGAACUGGCGAUGUUGCUGACAUUUGCUUGACUGCUGCGGAAGCUCCAAGGAGCAUCCAAGAACAAUCAAAUACACCUGCAGUAGCAUUUCCAGUCAAAUCGACAACACCCAGAAUUCUCCGAUCGGACAGUUAUCGGCACAUAAUCGAAGACGACGAAGACAACGCAAAUUUUUUCAAUCGUUUCAAAUCAAAUGCGAAAAUUAUAAAUGUUGAAAGGAUUCCAAGAUCUCGAACCAUUAAAUUAUUUGAAAUAUUUUAUGUGAAGAAAACCGAUCGAAAAAUUCACGAGUCAUUUCCGGAAGGCGAUCAUUUAAUUAAAUUAUUCAAUAAAGAAGGAAUGACCUCCGACGACGUUCCCACUUCAUACUCGCAGAGGCCGAUCACCAGCAGAAUACCAAAGGACAAGCAGAUGGACGGACGCUUUUGGAGGCAGUUAAGCAGAAGAAGAGGAAGUAAGAAAUCGGACGCGACGGCCUAAGGAGUCAACUCGUAGUGUAUUUUCCGCUCAAUAAACGUGAUAACAGUGCUUCAAGUUUGGUUUUUACAGUUUGCCUUAAUAAACGAGAACUUGUGUAAAUUUUUUGCAUGAACUGGCGCUAAAUAGAAUUAUAUUUUCUAACUAUAUGCUUAAGACAGAUUUCUACGAUUCCAAUUUGUUAACUAUUAAUUAAUCUUUGUCUAUCUCUGUUAAAUUGAAUAAUUAUUAUGUGACUACGUUACGCCCUACGAAUAUUUUAUGAGUGUGUAAAUUGUAGUAGUUAACUGCAAUUGAAAUCAAAAAUCAUUCCGUCAGAACCUGAUGUGAUAAGAUUCCAUUUUAUACUGUUAUAAAAAAUUUUAAAUAAAAGC